UUUCGACGUAAGAUGAGUCUAGCGACUUCAUAUUCAUAUUGUCAUGUAAUUUUUGCUCUCAUUUCAUUGAAGUGACGGCAGUCAAAAUGUUAGUGUCAACCUCCUUGCGCCGGCAGGCCCGAUACUACCUGUCUCGGCGAGCGGCUGGAAAUAACUCGUCAACAGCGCCGACAGCACCGAAAGCCGGUGCAAAUAACGCCGCAACCUCGACCAAUUCAGAGAGGACUACAACAUCAUCAAAUGUUCACCAGCAGCAAGAGAGCUCUCCCACAGCGGCAGCUGCGUCGCUCGUGCGAGGGUUUGGAAAUAAGCACUUUCUGCAUGGAGGGUUUUUCGGUG